GAUCUAUUCAAUUACACAUCCGGUCGAUGGGUAUACAAUGAGGCCCAGCGUCUGAAAGAGAGGCAGAGAUGCUUCAACGUCGCCGAGCUUCACCGGCUAGCUGCCGAAGCAGUGUCCCGGAAGGUUGAAGACAUUGUUUCUUUCGAGAAACUCGGCGAAGGCGCGGCCAAUCGUGCCUUCGCGAUUCAAUUUCGCGAUGGGUUCAAGCUCGUGGCUCGCAUCCCAUAUCUGGUCACUGAACCGCGGCAGCAAAUUGUCGCUUCGGAGGCCGCCACGAUGACCUUUCUUCGAUCAAAGGGACUACCGGUCCCUGCAAUAUACGGCUACUCGGCAACAGCAGACAACCCAACUGAGACGGAGUAUCUAUUCCUGGAGUUCUGUCCCGGGAGAAAUCUUGCAAGUCUUUGGGUCGACAUGGAUGAACAUCAUCGCUCUCGAUUCAUCAGAAGUCUUGUUGACCUGGAACGUCGUCUAUUCGAAAUUCGUCUCCCAGCUAGUGGAAGUCUCUACUUCCUUCGGGAUCUAUCUGCCGCGUGUGGAAAGGUUGCAGUGGAUUCUGGCGAUGCUAGUAGCUCGGCCUCCUACUACGUUGGACCAAGCACAAGCUUGCCGCUCUGGUAUGGCAGAAGGAGUGAACUCGACGUUGAUCGCGGCCCUUGUGAG